AUGCCGCCAGAUGCACCAAAGGCAACUUGUCCUAGUCCCACCUCUCCAUCCCUGCCGUCUCUCCGUACAAGCAUCUUCCCACCUCGUCUGACUCUGGUUACUCUCCGACCAUAUGUCACACCACGAAAUGUCUUUUUUGCCUCUCUUCUUCUCGUUAUCAUUGUUUCAGGCGCCAUCCUAUUCAUGUGUCUUGUGGGCAUGAUUACAUUCUCCGAUAAGCAUGUAAAAGACCAGUGGAUUGAGAUCACAAGUCAGAUAUUGAACUCGUGCUUUACGUUGAAUGCCUUGUUACUUUUUCCGGAACGGACAGUGGAUCUGUGGCUACUCUGUCGUGGUGUAUACGGUCGACACGGACCAUCGGCCCGCAAGCUGGAGGACCGGCACACACCUUGGUGCCGAGUGGUUGUUGCUGACUCCAAUGCUCCUCCGCCUCUUCCACGGACAACGCUGGUGUCCAUUAUCCUUCUCCAAAAUUUGAAUGGAUGGUUCCAAGUUCCUAUGGCUGUUUCCAUGUGGGUUUGGGCGAACGACUACACGCAUCGACCGGCGUGGUUGGUGGCAUCGUCCCUAGUUGCGAGCUUUUUGUGUGGGUUUGCGGGCGGUAUUUGGCCGGCCGUCAUUUCAUACAAGAUGAAGAAGAGGGGGGUGGAUGUUGAGAUGGACGUGGAUGAGAUAACGGUAGAAAAGGGUGCCGUGGUCCAUGCUGACUCUGGAAGAACGCUGGUGGGCGACGAGGAAGGUGCCAAACUAGGAGCAAGUUAA